UCUGCAGUGGUUACAGUGUGUCUUACUGUCAAACAUCUCUCUUGCAUACACUCACUCACACACACACACACACACACACUCACACAGGAGUGCUCACAAACUUUAGAUUAGAAGAAAACUUCCCCAGUUUUCACAGAAGAACAGCAACAAGGUGGGAGAUUUUUAAUUUAUUUAAUGGAGACUGUUCACAGUAGGAACUAAUACCCAUCCACGUCUGGAAGGAACAUCACUGUUUUGGGAAGAGAAAGGAAGAUCCACUUGGCCCUCAGCCAGACUACCAAAUUCCUGCUUCAACCGGUGAAAGCAAAACGGCAUUAAGAUCGCGGCCACGUCCCUAGAGAGCUGAAAUCCAUCAUGGGGGCCCUCACCCGGGUGCUGGCCUGCACACUCCUAGUCUUGCUCUACCACCUGGCAGAUGGUGGCCUCAUCAAGAAGAUCAUCCGGCACAAGCGGCAGAGCGGGGUAAACAUCACGAUGCUGGAGAACAGCGAGCCAGUGGUGUUUAACCACGUCUAUAACAUCAAGUUGCCUGUAGGAUCUCACUGCUCAGUGGACCUGGACAACCCCAGUGGAGAAAAGAACCUGGUCUCAGAGGACGAGUCAGGGAACCACUUCCAGGAGCAUACUGUGAACCAGGAGAACCAGAUUGUCUUCACCCACCGCAUCAACAUCCCCCGGCGGGCCUGUGGCUGUGCCGCAGCCCCCGAUGUCAAGGAUCUGCUGAGCAGACUGGAAGAGCUGGAGGGGCUGGUGUCCUCCCUGAGAGAGUUGUGUGCCACUGGGGCCGGCUGCCGCCCGCAGCCCGCAGAAGGUCGCCUGGACACAACACCUUUCUGCAACGGCCGGGGCAACUACAGCACAGAAAGCUGCGGGUGCAUCUGUGAGUCGGGCUGGAAGGGCCCCAACUGCUCAGAGCCGGACUGUCUCAGCAACUGCCACAACAGAGGCCAGUGCAUCAACGGGCAGUGCGUCUGUGACGACGGCUUCAUGGGCGAAGACUGCAGUCAGCCGGCCUGCCCCAACGACUGCAACGACCAGGGAAAAUGCAUCAGUGGGGUCUGCGUGUGCUUCGACGGGUACACCGGCCCUGACUGCAACAGGGAGGUCUGUCCCCUGCCCUGCAGCGAGCACGGCAGGUGCGUGAACGGACAGUGCAUAUGCCAAGAGGGCUUCUCUGGGGAGGACUGCCAGGAGCCGCUGUGCCUCAACAACUGCUACAACCGUGGGCGCUGCGUGGAGAACGAGUGUGUGUGUGAUGAGGGCUACACAGGUGAUGACUGCAGCGAGUUGAUCUGCCCCAAUGACUGCUACGACCGGGGCCACUGCAUCAAUGGGACCUGCUUCUGCGAGAAAGGAUUUACAGGAGAAGAUUGCGGCCAGCGCACGUGCCCCAACGAUUGUAACCAGCGUGGCCGCUGCGAGAAUGGGCGAUGCGUCUGUGACGACGGGUUCUUGGGGGAUGAUUGCAGUGAAAGGAGGUGCCCUGGGGACUGCAACGACCACGGCCGCUGCGUCCACGGGCAGUGCGUGUGUGACGAGGGCUACACUGGGGAGGACUGCAGUGCUCUGCGGUGCCCCAGUGACUGCAACAAUCACGGCAGCUGCGUAGACGGAAAGUGCGUGUGUGAGUUGGGCUUCAUGGGGCACGACUGCGGGGACAUGCGCUGCCCUGGGGACUGUCACCAGCAUGGACGCUGCAUGAACGGAAUGUGCGUGUGCGACGAGGGGUACAAGGGUGAGGACUGCCAUGAGCGGAGGUGCCCCAAAGACUGCAGCGGCCAUGGCCGCUGUGCCGAUGGCAAGUGCGUGUGUGAUGAAGGGUUUGCCGGAGAAGACUGUGGAGAGCUGAGUUGCCCCAACGACUGCCACAAGCAAGGGCGCUGUGUGAACGGCCAGUGCGUGUGCCACGAGGGCUUCGAGGGCAAAGACUGCAAAGACCCCAGGUGUCCCCAUGACUGCCACCAGCAGGGGCACUGUGUCCAUGGCCAGUGUGUCUGCCAUGACGGGUUCCAGGGUGUCGACUGCCAGGAACGGUCCUGCCCGAACGACUGCAGCCACCAUGGCCAGUGCGUGGAUGGGCGCUGUGUCUGCCAUGAUGGUUAUAUGGGUGAAGACUGCUCAGAAGUAUCCCCUCCCAGGGACCUGAUUGUGACUGAAGUGACAGAACAAACGGUCAACUUAGCAUGGGACAAUGAGAUGAAGGUCACGGAAUAUCUCAUCACCUACACCCCCACACACAUGGAUGGUCUGGAGAUGAAGUUCAGGGUGCCCGGAGACCAGACCUCCACCACCGUCCGGGAGCUGGAGCCUGGCGUGGAAUAUUUCAUCAGGGUCUUUGCCAUCCUUGAGAACAAGCAGAGCAUUCCGGUUAGCGCCAGGGUGGCCACAUAUCUUCCAGCCCCGGAAGGUUUAAAGUUCAAAUCAGUUAAAGAAACCUCUGUGGAAGUGGAGUGGGACCCUCUGGAUAUCGCCUUUGAAAAGUGGGAGAUCAUCUUCAGGAACAUGAACAAAGAUGAUGGGGAAGAGAUCACCAGUAGCCUAAGAAGACCAGAGACGACCUAUCAGCAAACAGGCCUGGCUCCCGGCCAGGAGUACGAGAUCUCCCUGCACAUUGUGAAGAAUAACACGCGUGGGCCUGGACUCAAGAAGGUGACCACCACAAGAUUGGAUGCUCCCAGUCAGAUAGAGGUGAAAGAUGUCACGGACACCACCGCUCUGAUCACAUGGUUCAAGCCUUUAGCUGAAAUUGACAUCAUUGAGCUCUCCUAUGGCACUAAAGGUGUUCCUGGAGAUGUUACCACCAUUGAGUUCUCUAGUGACGAAAACCAGUAUUCGAUUGAUAACCUGAAACCAGACACCGAAUAUGAGGUGUCACUCAUCUCAAGAAGAGGAGAUAUGACAAGUAACCCAGGAAAGGAAACAUUCACCACAGGCCUGGAUGCCCCCAGGAAUCUGAAACGGGUCUCCCAGACUGACAGUAGCAUCACCUUGGAGUGGAAGAAUGGGAAAGCUGAUAUUGACAAUUACAGAAUCAAAUUUGCUCCUAUCGCUGGAGGGGACCAUGCUGAGAGGGAUGUGCUGAGGAGCAAGCAGCCUACAACCCGAGUCACGCUCACAGAUUUAAGACCAGGAACUGAAUACGGUAUUGGAGUGACUGCAGUCAAGAACGACAAAGAAAGUAACCCUGCCACCAUUAAUGCUGCUACUGAUUUGGAUGCCCCUAAAGAACUCCAGGUUUCAGAACGUACCGAGACCUCACUGUCCCUGCUGUGGAGAAGACCUCUGGCCAAAUUUGACCGUUACCGCCUCACCUACAAUUCCUCUUCUGGCAAACACCAUGAAAUGGAGUUGCCAGGGGGCACAAGUUCUUAUGUUCUGAGAGGUCUGAAUCCUGGCAUCGAAUAUUCCAUAAACCUAGUAGCUGAGAAAGGAAGACACAAGAGCAAAGCGGCCCGAGUGAAGGGUGCAACAGAGGAGGCACCUGAGCUGGGAGAUUUAUCGGUGUCAGAGGUUAGCUGGGAGGCCCUCCAAGUCAACUGGACAGCAGCUGAUGGGGCCUAUGAGGAGUUUGUCAUUCAGGUGCAGGAGGCUGACAAUCUGGAGGAGGCUAAGAAUGUCACGGUGCCUGGUGUCUUGAGAUCUGUGGACAUUAUUGGGCUCAAGGCUGCUACACCUUAUAAAGUCACUGCUUAUGGGGUGAAUCAGGGCUACCACACAAAGCCCCUGUCUGCUGAAGUCUCCACAGAGCAAGUGCCAGAGCUGGGAAACCUGACGGUGUCAGAGCUUAGCUGGGAAUCUCUCAAAGUCAACUGGUCAGCUGCCGAUGGGGUCUUUGAGCACUUUGUCCUGGCUGUGCAGGAGGCUGGCGGUCUGGGAGGAUCUCGCCAUCUCACCAUCCCCGGUGGCCUGCGGUCUGUACAUGUCACUGGCCUUCAAAGGGGAGCAUUGUAUAGAAUCACACUACAUGGUGUGACCAAAGGCCUCAAGACUGAACCCCUUAUUGCUGAAGUGACAACAGAGGAGGCACCUCACCUGGGAAUGUUAACAGUCUCAAACAUUAGCUGGGAGGCUCUCAAGCUCAACUGGAUAUCUGAUGUGGCCUUUGAGAACUUUGUCAUUCAGGUGCAGGAGUUUCAUGAUCCAGAGGAAACCCAGAAUCUCACAGUCCCUAGAGGACUGACCUUCUUGGAAGUGUCAGGCCUCAAGGCAUCAACACCUUACAGAAUCACCUUGUAUGGUGUGAUUGGAGGCUACACUUCUGAACCCCUUUCAGCGCAAGCUACCACAGAGGAGGCACCCGAACUGGGAGAGGUAACAGUAUCAGAGGUUAGCUGGGAGGCCCUCCAAGUCAACUGGACAGCAGCCGAUGGGGCCUAUGAGGAAUUUGUCAUUCAGGUGCAGGAGGCUGACAAUCUGGAGGCACAGAAUCUCACGGUCCCUGGAGGACUGAGAUCUGUGGACGUGACUGGGCUCAAGGCUGCCACUCUCUAUAAAGUCACCAUCUUCGGUUUGAUUCAGGGCUACAGAACAAAUCCCCUAUUUGCUGAAGUCUCCACAGCAAAGGAACCAGAAGUUGGGAAUUUAACCAUUUCCAGCAUAACACAUGAAAGCUUCAACCUCUCCUGGACAGCACCUGAUGAGGCUUUUGAAACUUUUACCAUUGAAAUUAUUGAUUCCAAUAGGUUGCUGGAACCCCUGGAAUUCAACAUCUCGGGCACUUUACGGACCAUGCAUAUCUCAGGGCUUUUCCCCAACACUGAUUUCAUUGCCUACCUCUCUGGAGUCGCACCUGGGGUCCAUACAAAAGCUAUAAGUGCUGCAGCUACUACAGAGGCCUUGCCCCCACUGGAAAACCUAACCAUUUCCAACAUUAAUCCUUACGGGUUCACAAUCUCCUGGACGGCAUCGGAGAAUGCCUUUGACAGCUUUUUAGUAACCGUGGUGGAUUCUGGCAAGCUCCUGGACCCGCAGGAGUUCCUGCUUCCAGGAGCCCAGCGGCAACUGGCGCUUAAAGGCCUCAUAACUGGCAUUGGCUAUGAGGUUAUGCUUUACGGCUUGGCACAAGGGCAUCAAACAAGGCCCUUGAGUGCUGGGGUUGUUACAGAAGCAGAACCCGAAGUCGACAACCUUCUAGUUUCAGAUGCUAUACCGGAUGGCUUCCGGCUGUCUUGGACGGCCGAUGAAGGAGCUUUCGACAAUUUUGUUCUUAGAAUCAGGGAUACCAAAAGGGAGUCUGACCCACUGGAAAUCACUAUAGUAGCCUCUGAGCGUACCAGAGAUAUAACAGGUCUCAAAGAGGGCACGGAGUAUGACAUUGAACUAUAUGGAAUAAUCAACGGACAGAGAUCCCAGCCAGUAAAUGCUGUGGCGACAACAGCUGUGGGAGCACCAAGAGAGAUUUCCUUCUCUGACAUCACGGACAACUCCGCCACGGUCAGCUGGACACCUCCGAGAGCACAAGUUCAGGGGUACCGAAUCACCUAUGUCCCUAUUACAGGAGGUUCUCCCUCAGUGGUGACGGUUGGUGGGACAGUGACACAGACACCCUUGGUGAAGCUGAUCCCUGGGAUCGAAUACGUUGUCAGCAUCAUCUCGGUCAAGGGAUUUGAGGAAAGCGAACCCAUCUCUGGAUCCCUUACUACAGCUCUGGACAGUCCAUCUGGCCUGGUAGCAGCAAAUGUCACAGACUCAGAGGCUUUGGCUAUGUGGCAGCCUGCGAUUGCCACUGUGGACAAUUACGUGAUCUCCUAUGUGGGUGGAAACGAGCCUGAAGUGACUCGGACAGUAUCUGGUAACACAGUCGAAUAUGCUUUGAGUGACCUGAAGCCAGCCACUGAUUAUACACUCAGGAUCUUUGCAGAAAAAGGACCCCUGAAGAGCUCUAUCUUAACGACCAAAUUCACAACAGAACUCGAUUCUCCAAGAGAUUUAAUUGCCUCAGAUGUUCAGUCAGAAGCGGCUCUGUUGAGCUGGAGACCUCCACAGGCCUCAGUCACUGGCUACCUUCUGAUGUACGAGUCCGUGGAUGGCACUGUCAAGGAGGUCAUCGUGGGACCCGACACAAACACCUACAGCCUCACUGACCUGAACCCAUCCACUCACUACACAACAAAGGUCCAGGCACUGAACGGAGACCUAAAGAGCAAGAUCAUCCAGACCUUCUUCACCACCACUGGGCUCCUCUACCCUUACCCUAAGGACUGUUCUCAGACAAUGCUGAAUGGCGAGACCACCUCCGGCCUCUACACAAUCUACCUGAAUGGAGAUAAGGCUCAGGCCAUCGAUGUCUUCUGUGACAUGACUUCUGAUGGAGGUGGAUGGAUUGUAUUUCUGAGACGCAGCAAUGGAAGACAAGACUUCUAUCAGAACUGGAGAACCUAUGCUGCAGGAUUUGGGAAUCGCAAAGAUGAAUUCUGGCUAGGGUUGGACAACCUCCACAAAAUCACUGCCCAGGGCCAGUAUGAAUUGCGGGUGGAUCUGCGAGAUCAAGGAGACACAGCCUAUGCCACCUACAACAAGUUCAGCGUUGGAGAUUCUAAGAGCCGUUACAAGCUCAACGUGGAAGGAUAUAGCGGGACAGCAGGUGACUCCAUGACUUAUCACACUGGACGCACUUUCUCCACAUAUGAUAAAGACACAGACUCUGCCAUCACAAACUGUGCUUUGUCCUAUAAAGGAGCCUUCUGGUAUAAGAACUGUCACCGAGUCAAUCUGAUGGGUAGAUAUGGUGAUAAUAGUCACAGCCAGGGCGUGAACUGGUUCCACUGGAAGGGCCAUGAACAUUCAAUCCAGUUUGCCGAGAUGAAGUUGAGACCUUCCAGCUUCCGGAAUUUGGAAGGCAGGAGGAAGAGGGCAUGAAAUUGUCGCGCUGCAGAGGGCAGUGUCAGAGGGAGGGAAAGAAGUCUGGAGUUACAAAAGGAUCUUACCAAAGCAUCAGUGCCGCUGGUCUAACCAGGCCCACCAGAGUCUUGACAGAAGGCUUAGCAAACCACAGCAGUAUCUGGCACCACAGAGCAGCCCUCACACUCUCCACGGUAACAUCCUUCACACCAAAGACGACAAUCUCAAAAGGGUUUUUCAUUUUGUAUUUUUUGUUUCUGCAGAAAUCUUCCAGUGACAUUCUUAUGUGUUCUUUUUACUCUUCGGUGGCUCUGGGGAGGGAUGGGGAGCAAGCUAUUCAUUGGUAGUUUGUUUUAGAACCAGCCGUAUUUUACACAAAUUGUAUUAUUAAUUAUCAUUAUUAUUAUUAGCUAUAAUUAAAUGUUUGUCAUUGGAAGGCAUUUUUGUACAUUUUCUACAACCAAGACAGAAAAAAUGAAACAGUUUCAAUUUUAAGCAUAUGGUUAAUAUUAUUAAUGUUAUAAUAAUAAUAAUGAUAAUAAUAAACUAAAUGUUUUUAAAGUGAUCCAUGCUUUCCAAAACACAGCAGGACAGUGUCUGAUUGUAUUUUUUUUAAAUAAAAGCACAAUUACU